AUGGAGACAGAAAGUGAUAUGAAGUCGUUUCAUCGAAUGCCAAGUGAACGAAGACGUAAAUUAUGGUCAUUAGCAGCUAGAGCAGCUGUUAAGUGUCCAGAUGAUGUUGAAAAAGAAGUUAUUAUUCAUCAAGAAGGUUCAGUAACUAAAGGUUCUGGUUCAUUAGCUAAAACACAAGAUUCUGGCGUAUCAGUUGACUUUACAUCGGAUAAUCAACCUUAUUCAACAACAUGUUCUCCGUAUACAUCACAUUCACAUUGUCGUAUAAGUUUAGAUACUGAAUGCAGUGGAAAUUAUGAAUAUGGUAGGCUAGCAAAAACUUCAAAACAACCUUAUGAAAAUCAACCUGGUGUUACACUAAGUGCUGAUCUUAGUGAUUCUGCAUAUAAUGAACGUGGAAGAAGUUAUGUGAGUAAAAGAAAAUCCGUCUUUUCAAUACCACAUAUACCAUCACAUUUAUCAUCAAUUAGUACAAAUAUCAGACGUAUAAGAACUGCAUCAAAACAAUUUGAUACAUCAAUAAAACAAGGGAGUGCAGAUACUUCAGGUUUAGGAAGUAGUUUAGAUUGGGUAUCAUUAGAAGCUGGACAAAUACCAUUUCAUCGAAAAAUGUCAACACAAUAUUUUAGUAAUCCUAGAGAUACUGUCACUGUUCAUUGUAGUUUAGAUGAAAAGCAAAUAUCUCAUCCACUUAUGAGGAAAAAACAUUUAACCAGUGAUGAUGUUGACAGUGAACAUCAACGUCAGCAAUAUCAAGAGUCAUCAAUGAAAACAUUUUCAACUUUUGGAAAUCCACGUGAAUUUGACAAAGGCAAAGUAUACUUACCAUCAUAUCAAGUUCGUCAAAAGCCUAUACAACCAUUUAAAGAACACUAUUAUAAACAACAAUCAGAUUUUCAAACAGAAACAGCUGUUAGUAUCAGUGCACCUUGUUCACCGUAUAGACCGAGUACUGAUAUUCCAUCCCGCCAUGUGAUCAGAGAUCCGCAUAUAAUUGCAAAAAGUUUUGACUCAGCAUAUACUACUACUACACGCCGUAGACCACAUCAGCUGUCAUAUUCGCCAACAACACAUUUAGGUGAGCCUAGUGAUCGAGGUAUACCAGUUGGUUAUUAUGAACCAGCACAAGAUCCUGCCAAUGAAUGGCCGGGAAUAACAAAAAGUGAUCACGCCUAUCUAAGAUAUGCAUCCGAUAAAGAUGGUAUAUCGCAGACGAAAAUGAUUUCAGGCAUAACAAAGCAUUCAAUGCAUCGACCACCAGUAUAUAGAAGAAUUCAACAACAAUAUUUACCAAGUCAUCUACAAGACAGAAAACAGAAAUCCUUGUAUAAAAGAUCUUUGACAUUAGGUGAUAAUGUUGAACACAUGCAUACUGAUUGGAUGGAAAUGAAACCAAAGAUGUAUUCAUCAACGCAUAUGUAUACUGUCCCACCACCAACUAAUGAAAAAGAAGCAUAUUAUAAUGGAUUAUUAAUGCAACAGAAAUAUAAAGAUGCUUAUAUUGAUGCAAAAUUUAAACGAUUCAGUCAAAAGUAUCCACUUGAUGUAGAUGAUACCUGUGAAGAAAGUGAAUUACAAAGUUUACUACAACAAGAACCACAAGAUUUACAUCAGUUUCAAUCAGCAAUGCAUUCUUCAAAUCGUAGAAGAUGGACAUCAGCUGAAAUUCCGGAAGUUAAAAUUACACCUGUUUUUGUUGGUUUAUCUGGUAUACAAUAUGAAGAAGAAAAUGAUGAUGGUGAUGAUGACGCUGUAUAUAAUUAUCCAAAAUAUUCAACUGGUAGAAAACGUCCUUAUGAAGAAGAAUUCCUGUCACAUCCUCUUGUUCCCUCGGCGCCUCCUCCUCCAUUUGCUCCUUCUGCUGCUGCUGCCGCCGCCGGCGCCACUGCCACUGCUCAACUUCAUCCUCCACAUCAUCCUCUUCCACAUUAUGAAGAUCCAACUGUGAAAUCAAAAUUAGAUAUUAGCCAUAAUAAAUAUCUUACUCCACCAUAUAAUGAAGGUGUUUCAUUUCGUAGAGCUGUUAGCUUAGAUAAACCAGCCUACGCAUUAAGUUCAUUACAUGAACAGCAUCAACAACCUCAAAUCCAACAACAACACCAACAAUACCAACGUUAUCAACAGCGUCAACAACAACCACAACAAUUAGAACAACAAUAUCGACAACCUCAACAUGUAGGAGAAGAAGAAAGUUUAGAAUCAAAAUUUACACGCCAGUAUCGUUUUAAAUAUCGUCUUCCAUAUUAUUCUACAUCACUGGAUUAUCCAUCUUCAUCGAGUAGUAAAGCGAGACCAUUACUACAUCCUGGUUAUGUGCAAACGUAUAAUAUUAUUUCACCAAUUGAAGAAAAAGGUGAUUAUGAAUUAGAAACAAAACGUUAUCAAAAAACAGAAGGCAAGACUAAUCAUCAAGAUAUUGAUGAUAUAAUAGAAAAUAAUGAAAAAAUUUAUUCUGUACAAACCAAAGAAAAAGAUGGAUUUUCAAGGGAUUUAGAAAAGUCAAUAAUACAGCCUCAUCCGAUGCCAACAGACAUUAAAACUGAUGGAAGUAAACAUACUGCUGAUGGUAGUAUUAGUGAUAAUAGUAGUAGUAGUAUUAAUAAUCAUAAUAUUAAUAAACAUAAAUUUUAUGAAACAACAGACAUGAAUAUAUCAAAACCAUUCAAUGCAUCAUCAUUCGAUGAAAUUAUUCCAUAUGAUAAAAGCAUACCUGUAACGCAUAAAGAAGUCAGGAUUAGUGAAACACAACCAAUUGUAGCUAUUUCAAAAAAAUCAAUCAAUUUAUCAUCGAAUGAAAUAAAUAUUCAGUCAAAACUUUUACCAACAAGUCAUACAACACCACCGCCAACUGGUUCUGCUGGAGGUGGUGGUGGCAGUGUAUUAAAAGUAUCUGUACAGUUAGGUGAAAAUGAAAUUCAAGAAUUUGCUGAAUAUUGGGACCAUAGUAUUUUUUCACGUGCAAGAGUUACUGCAGUCUGUUUAGCUGGAGUAGCUUCUGUUUGUCUAGUCUGUACUGUAUGCGCCAGUACUUGGUUAUAUCAGGGAUAUGCGGAAAAUAUUACAUAUAGUGGAUUUUGGAAACGCUGUAGUUAUUUCAAUCGGACAUGUGAAAUUACACUUCCAUUUCUUACUAAACAUGAGGGUUGGCAAGAUGGUGCAUUCUUUAUACUUAUACUGGCUAUAUUGUUAAGUUUCUUAGGAUUGAGUCUUUCAGUGGCUGGCCACUUAGUUUAUGCUCUUCCUAAAAGAUUAUAUUAUUUUCAUUCAGGUGGUGAAGCACAUGUUGUUGCAGCAUUUGUUACUGCCUUAUCAGUACUAAUUUAUCACAUCACAAUUCGAUUGCAUUUACGAACAGAAGGUCCUGUAAACUUUGGUGAAGCUUAUGGUAUUUCAUGGUUUGCGUGUUUUUUACACUUAUUGGCAGCUAUUCUAUUAUUAUUAGAUGAAAUUAUUAAUGAAUUAGUUAAUUUAGCUACUAGAGUUCAUUGUAUACGUUCAUGUUUAAAGUGUAUUAUACAAACGUAUAGUAAAACUAUUCAAAAGAAACGUCAAUUAUUAACACAUUAUAAUACAAGAUUUACUAAUGGAAAGUAA